AUAGAAACUACAAUGUCUAGACCAGUCCUCUCUCCAACCCGCAUCAAUGCUACAGCUUCUGAAACAUUCACAAUACUUCAGCAAAGGAUGAGAAUAGUUGAGGAACAAACCAGUUCUCUGAGAGAUGACCUAAUAAUGUUGGACUUUGGUGAAAAAAGAGGCCAGUUGGAAACUCCAAAAUGUUUAAGAGAGCCUGUGAGCCAGAACAUCAUUAGCCCUAUUCAGAAUGAAAUAAUUUGUUCAGGAAAAACAGAUAUUUUAUGGAAGAACUGUGAGUUUCUGGUAAAUCGAAUGUGCCGUCUAGAAAGCCUCAUCCAGUCCUUGAAGAUGAACAUCUUUCGUCUGCAAACUGAAAAGGAUUUGAACCCACAGAAAACAGAUUUUAUGAAGGAAAGACUGAAUACAAUACAGGAGGAGCAUUCCAAGGACCUGAAGCUAUUGCAGCUGGAAGUGAUGAAUUUGCGCCAGCAACUACGAGAUGUAAAAGAGGAAGAAGACAAGGCACAAGAUGAGGUGCAAAGGUUGACUGCAACUCUGGAGCUUGCCUCAGAGACAAAGAAGAAUGCAGCCAUUAUUGAAGAGGAACUGAAGACCACGAAACGUAAAAUGAACCUUAAAAUUCAGGAGCUAAGGAGACAACUGUCUCAGGAGAAGCACCUAAGGGAAUCUCUUGAAAAAUCAGGAUCAGCCAUGCUACUCAAAAUACAAGAAAUGGGAUCAACAGUGGAGGUGGAAAGGAAACAGGUGCAAAUUUUGCAGCAAAACUGCAUUGCCCUACGCAGUUCUAUUCAGGCCACGCAAGAACUACUGGCACAGGAGCAACAACAGAAAGGAGAGUUGGAAACCGCUACCUCACAGCUCAAGUCUGAUCUAGUUUCUAGAGAUGACCUCAUUUCCAGGUUGGUUGAAGAAAAUAAGAAUAUACAGAUGUCUUUCAACAAGGAAUAUGAAGAAAAUGCAUAUUUGAGGUCUGAAAUAAUAUCCCUUCAGGAAGCAUCAGAAAAAGCACAGGUUUUGAAUGACCAACUGACUAGAAAGUGUUCAGAGCUGAACAGCAUGCUUCAGACUGUUAGAAUGGAAAAUACCAGAAUCAUUGCUGACCACCAAGCCAUUCUGCAGGAAGAACAGAAAAUGAUGACACAGACAUUUCAAGAACAAAACUUACUGCUGGACGCAGCCCAUGCCAGUAUCACAAGUGAGCUACAGACUGUUCAGAAUGAGAAAACACAACUCCAGGUGCAUCUGGACCAUUUAAUCCUUGAGCAUAACCAGUGUAUCCAGAAAGCACAGGAUGCUGAGAAAAGGGUAGCUAUGCAAAAAGAGCUGCUAGAAUCAACUAUCACAAGAUUGCGAGGUGAACUGGAAUCAUCAAUGCAAGAGAAGAAGUCUGUGUUAGAGGAGAAAGAAAGGCUUCAGAGAGAGGUUAAUAAAACAGAGAAAGAAAUAGCAGAAGAAAAAUGCAACUUGGAAAAGGAAUUAGCUAACAGCAAGGUAGAUAUAAAUGCAUUAACCCACAACCUGCAGACUCUAGAGGAAAAGAAUAAGCAACUGGCAGAUAAAAUUGCUUCCCUAGAACUUGAGCAAGCAACUUCUGAUUACCAUUGGCUUGCCCAACAGCAGGUGGAAAAUGUCUUGGGAAAAAUUACUGAGAGUAAAAACAAGUUGGCCUAUGAAAAGGGAAAACUCCAGAUAAAAGUUAAGCAGCUAGAAGAACAACUACAUUCUUUUACUGAAACCAGUUCACAGAAUGACCGUCUACGCAAGUUGAAUAAGGCAUUAGAGGGCAAAUAUGCUCAGGCAAAUGCAGAACUCAGUGCCAACAAUACUGCAAUAGCACACUUGAAAGAGGUGAAAUCCAUUCUUGAAAAGAAUGAAGAGGAGCUCUCACGAGCAGUGAAGGGUCGUGAUGCAGCCCUGAAAGAGAGUCAGAAGUUGAAAGGGGACCUCGAAGCUUUGGAGGACAGGGAGAACAAGAAGGUGGGAAGCUUUCAGCAACAACUGGCAGAAGCUAAAGAAGACAACUGCAAAGUUACAAUCAUGUUGGAGAAUGUGUUGGCUUCUCAUAGUAAGAUGCAAGGUGCUCUGGAAAAAGUGCAAAUAGAGCUUGGGCAGAGGGACUCAGAGAUUGCGGGCCUCAAGAAAGAAAGGGCUCUGAAUCAACAGCGGGUACAGAAGCUGGAAGCAGAAGCAGACCAGUGGCAGGCUAGGAUGCUUGUCGUGGAUGCCCAGCACAGCAGUGAGAUGGAGCCUCUACAAAAAGCUCUAGAUGUAGCUAGAGAAGACAACAGGAAGCUGGCUAUGAGCCUGGAGCAAGCUCUCCAGACAAAUAAUCAUCUGCAAACAAAGGUUGAUCAUGUUCAAGAGAAAUUGGAAAACAAAGAACUUGAGCGACAGAAUUUGGAAACCUUCAAAGCACGGAUGAGUGAAGAAUCCAAAAUAGAAGCAGAACUGCAUGCUGAACGCAUAGAUGCUCUAAGAAAGCAGUUUCAAAUUGAGAGAGAAACUGCAAAGAAAGCAGCACAACGGGAAGUGACUGAGCUGAAGAAAGCCCUUGAUGAAGCCAACUUCAGGUCAGUGGAAGUAUCCCGGGCCAACCGAGAACUGCGGCAGAAACUUACAGAGCUAGAAAAGAUACUGAACAGCAGCAAGGAGAAAAUAAACAAUCAAAAGGCCCAAAUUAAGCUCCACUUGUCGGCUAAGGCGAAUAAUGCUCAGAAUAUGGAGAGGAUGAAGCAAAUAGAAACAGAAUUGAGGCAAAUGGAGCUAAUUAAGGAUCAGUAUCAGAAAAAAAACUAUGAACAGUCAUUGAGUAUCCAGAAAUUUGUAUCUGAAAUGACUAACCUACAGAAGGAGAUGCAGCUGUUGGCCAAGAGCCAAUAUGAUAUGUCAGCAUGGAAUAAACAGCAAGAGCUGCGACUCGAGGCAGAGCGCAAGAGGAGGCAGGCACUGGAGACUCGUUGCCAGGAAUUGGAAGAAACUAUCAGACACCUGAAGAAAUGUAAAGAGGCAACAGAGAAUAAACUGAAAGAAGCCAGUGUGGAAUCAGAACAGAUAACAGCUAACCUGGAAGAAGCUCACCGCUGGUUUAAGUGCAGAUUCGAUGGCCUACAACUUGAGCUGACAAAAAACCGGUUGCAGAGGCUUCCCCUGGAAAACAGGUGGCGGGAAGAGGACCAAGAUAAAAGGCACAACAGCACGUCCAACCAGUCUGCUCUACAUCGAUGGGAGAAUAAACAGAAUCUUAGACUUGUGCCCAAAAAGUGUCAUUCUGAACUAGAGAGAAAGUGAUGUCCUUGACGGAGGAGCUUCUUCACUUAGAACAGCUACACCACCCUGAUUCUCUGAGCCCAGCAACUAGGGCUGGCCUAUUUCCACAGUCAGCAGAACAUGAAGUCUUUGAUGUGGGCUGAAGAUUUUGGACCCGAGUUUAUCCUUUUAUGAACUAUUUGCUAUCAGUACACAACCACCCCAUCUUUUUUGUCCCUUUCCCCAUU